GGCCUAGAGAGGAAGGGGAAGAUGACCAAGACUCUGUCCAUGCACCAAUGAAUGAAUACCUUUCUCCUUUUCACUCGCUUCAUGGUGACUCCCAGACAACCCUAUAAGAGAAAACAUAAGGGAAGUGGCUUUGACUGCUCAAUUUGACUUUUAUUCAAAGCCCCCUGGGGUCGUGCUCAGCUUUCCCAGGUCUUGACUGCCUUGGAGCAUGGCCCGUCCUGAGCACCCCGGGAGCCCUGGAUGGACAGGACUCACAGCCAAGGGCACAGCAGGGCCCAGGCAGGAAGCAUCAGCCACUGGCCGAGACCUCCCGUGUCCAGGACCCGAAGGGCACUUAGACGCUCCCGGCAGCCCCAGCCCCAACUCCAGCAUGACCACCCGGGAGCUGCAGGAGUACUGGCGGAAGGAGAAACGCUGUUGGAGGCGUGUCAAGCUGCUCUUCGAGGUCGCGUCCGCCCGCAUCGAGGAGAGAAAAGUCUCCAAGUUUGUGAUGUACCAAAUCGUCGUCAUCCAGACAGGGAGUUUUGACAGCAACAAAGCCGUGCUGGAACGGCGCUAUUCAGACUUCGAGAUGCUCCAGAAAAACCUCCUCAAGACGUUCAGGGAAGAGAUUGAAGACAUCGCCUUCCCCAAGAAGCAUCUGGUAGGCAACUUCACCGAGGAGAUGAUCUCCGAGCGCAAGCUGGCCUUCAAGGAGUACCUGACCCUGCUCUAUGCCAUCCGCUGCGUGCGGCGCUCCCGCGAGUUCAUCGACUUCCUCACGCGGCCUGAGCUCCGGGAGGCGUUCGGCUGCCUGCGCGGGGGACAGUACGGCCGGGCCCUGGAUAUCCUGGUGCGCGUGGUGCCCCUGCAGGAGAAGCUGACGGCCCACUGCCCGGUGAUGCUGGUGCCGGCGCUCUGCGCCAUGCUCGUGUGCCACCGGGACCUGGAGCGUCCCGCCGAGGCCUUCGCAGCCGGGGAGAGGGCGCUGCAGUGCCUGCAGGCCCGGGAGGGCCACCGCUACUACGCCCCCCUGCUGGACGCCAUGAUCCGCCUGGCCUACGAGCUGGGCAAGGACUUCGUGUCUCUGCAGGAGAAGCUGCAGGAGAGCCAGCUCCGCCAGCCUAGCCCCUGGGGCUUCACGCUGAAGGAGCUCACGGUCCGGGAGUAUCUGUACUGAGUCCCUCUGGCGGGUGCCUUUGAUGUCAGACUCACCUCAUCUGGAAACCACAAACCCAACUGCCUAAGUGCCGGAGAGUGAGAUCCAGCUUUCUGAUGCUUUCGGGGGUCGCUGGAGGGGGUGGUUUGCAUUGCACGCUGUGGACAAAGUUUAAGCCCCUUCCUCCAAACAGGCUCACCAGCUGCCCUGUCUUCCCUCUCUGCUCCUCCUUUGCCUGCCAAGAUCCCCACCAUGGUUCUAACCAUUCCAGCUCUUCCUUCUCAGCGUAUAGACCCAACUCGGAUAAACAAAAGCUCACCCACGGCUCUUCGAGGCCAGCUUUGUCCCUGUAUGUCACCCUUUCAAGGGUGGGAGGACCCUGGGCUAGAACGUCAUCCUGUCACAAGAGUCUGUGAAACAAGGCGUUGGUAGCAAGGGACUUGGCCAACAAUUCUCUGGUCAGGAUGCUGUAACUCGGAGUCCAAGUGGGUUUUCAUUUAUCAGGCCCUUGACGAGGCCCCAUGAGUUACACAGACAUGGCCCCGAGGGAGGGGAGUGAUACCCAGCAGGGUGAGACUGAAUGCUUAACACCUCCCCCAUUUGAAGGACAAUGUUCUUGGAACCUCUCCGAUGGGCUGGAAGGCCCUUGACUGAAGUCCACUGUCAGGAAAGGACACCAGGAGCCCAAAGUGGAGGGGAGACCAGACCGAUAAUCUAGGUUCAUCACUGGGCUUGAAGCCGAUGGUCCAGGCUGGUUUGGGGCAAUGUGUGUUUGAGGCUGGAGGUCCCUGAAGACCUAAACCAUCUGGCUGAGCUUAUGAGAGUGAAAUAAAGAGGUUGUUGCUCCACAUCUUCGUGUGGGGCACCAGCUUGACCUAUGUAGGGAUCCGGCUGGACAAAGAGACCACUCUAGAGGUGAACAGGCAUUGACCAAACUGCACCAGAAUGUGUUCAACGGCGACACCAUGUGGCAGCAUCUGGAAUGGCCCUACCAGGCUCUGCUGGGGAGGCGAGAAACCAACCUCCUUAGGGACACUUAGGGACAAAGAAAGCUUCGGGUCUCUCAAUUUAUUCCGGGAGAAGGACAUUUUGCAUGGGAGAUGUUGGGCCUCUUGAGAGAGAAAGUUAAGGUGUUCUGUGGAAAAAUAAAAGGCUGUGACUCUCUUUAUAAUGGUGAAGAA